CGCGGAACCGGUAUUGCCGGUAUUGCCCGAGCAAUACCAGAAAUCGGCGAGAGGAAAGACAUACAUGAAUGAGAAAUCACUCCGCCGUAAAUAAGCAUCGCAAUACUAGUUCAAUGAAAAAUGCCCAUGAAUGCUCUUCCCAAAGCCAGAUGUCCAACACCAUCUCUCUAAUCACCCGGAAAACGGUGUAGCUCAGCCCGGACGCAGUAUCGGGGCUGGAUACUAGUUCAAAACGAAAGCGAAAGGGGGUGGAUAUUUGUCUGUUUAUACGAAGAUUCAUUGAUAAAUUCUGCGUGCAAAAGUUUUCAAAGAAGAAAAAGACUAGUGAAAGUGGACAAAAUGAGUACUGCGGAUCAGCCGCGGAGGUCCAUUGAAGAUGACCAGGAGCCAGGCAAUGUUGCUGAUGAUGAUACAGGUGACAAAAUUGACCUAGCGGGUCCGUCUUCAUCCGCCUCAAGCGCUAGCAGUUCUGGACGACAAGGGAUGAAACGUAUGCGUCCUAAGGUCACACUUCACGAUUUUUUCAAAAGAUCUAAGACUGAGAAUAUCGAAAAGGACACUGAUGAUGUCGAAGAUGCAUCGGCGGUCGACACAAGCGUCCCGCCUACUGAUGUCACAGAAGCCGUUGACGAGAGACCGCCACGUGAAAUCAUUCUGUCCGUCGAGCCAUUCCACCCGAAACAAAUAAAACGUUCAGAAACGGACAAGGAAGGAAAAGCGAAAAAGAGAAAUUGUCAACUCCAGUAUUUUCACGACUUUCCGUGGCUACAUUACAUACCAGACAAGGACGUCGUCGUAUGCCAUGUGUGCACUAAAGCAGUAAAACUGAACUUAUUGGACGGUGUGAGACAGGAACCUGCCUUCACGACGAAAGGUUUCAAUACAUGGCGGAACGCCACCAAAAUGUUUCGCCUUCAUCAGAACUCGAAAUGCCACAAACAAGCCGUCGAGUGUGUGCGAGAGAUCCCGGCAAAGUGUCGCGACGUAAGCGAGCUGUUAGUUGAACAGACUGUGAAAGAGCGGGAAAACAACCGGCGAUAUCUGAGCAAGAUUAUCCAGAAUCUGCAGUUUUUAGCUCGUCAGGGGAUCGCAAUCCAAGGAGCGAAAGAGACGGAUUCGAAUUUCCAUCAAUGUUUGUUGCUCAGAGCGAAGGAUGAUCCUUCAAUCCUACAAUGGAUGAGUAAGAAAACCGACAAGUACACGUCACAUGACGUGCAAAAUGAAUUGCUGGAUAUCAUGUCACAACAAGUAAUAAGGGAUGUCGCUAAUCGCAUCAAAACGGAAUGCUAUUCUUUACUAGCCGACGAAUGCACGGACGUAGCGAAUAAGGAACAGCUGACGGUGUGCCUGCGUUGGAUCGACGAGAAUUUGAAUCCGAAUGAGGAUUUUAUCGGCUUCUAUCAUAUCCCAGACAUUUCGUCGGAUACGAUCGUUUCGGCUCUCAAAGACGCCCUCACCCGAUCGGAUAUACCAUUGAAAUCAUGUCGCGGGCAAUGUUACGACGGAGCGGGUAAUAUGUCCGGUGUGAAGAACGGCGCGGCGACGAAAAUCCAAGCUGAGGUCCCGCAGGCGCAUCUAACGCACUGCCACGGACACGCCCUCUCUCUCGCUGUACAUGACAUGUGUAAGCGGUCAGCUUCGAAAUUGCUGAGCGAGACGUUGGACACGACACGUGAGAUAUGCAAGCUGAUAAAAUUCUCACCGAAGCGACAAGGAGCACUUGAAAAGAUCAAGGGAGAAUUGGACUUGGAUGCCCCGGGAAUCAAGGUCUUAUGCCCGACCAGAUGGACGGUCCGCGGGGACAGUUUUCUGCGAAUCAUACAAAACUAUGUUGCGCUCGCAAACCUUUGGACUGAUUGCCUUUCUGCGAGGCCAUAGAAAGCGAGUACGGUACCACAGACGUAAAUGUUCGAAACCUCACUUCCCAAAUACCGAUCUUCCGACAACUUAUGGAGCAUAAGGAUGUCACGCAUUUCGACGACAUCUACAAGGAGGUACAGUCUCUCGAUAAACCCACUCGUUCGCUCAUCGGCGAGAUCGUGAAAUUGUGUGUGCUGCUGCUGGUGAAUCCGGCGACCGACGCUAUAGGCGAGCGGUCUUUUUCGACGAUGCGGCGACUGAAGACAUGGCUCCGGUCCACGAUGGGCCAGAAACGGUUCAACAGCCUCGCCGUACUCAGCGUUCAUCGAGAACGCACUGACAAAAUAAAUCUGGCAGCCGUGGCGAAUGAGUUCGUACGCCUCAAUGAUAAUAGGAGAAGGCUUUUCGGCGAAUUCAGCGUUGCCGACUUCUGCUAAUAGCAAGAAUGCAGACGGAAUAGCGUCGAUGGAAUAAUGAUUGAACACGACCGUUAUAGACAGUCUCAAUUAUAUCAUUAUAUCACUCAUUACAUUACUCAUUAUUCUUAUGUUUGCAUUAUAUCACUGAUUAAAUUUCAUUGUAUA